UAGAAGAAUUAAAUUGUCAAUUUUAACAAACAAGAAACCCAAAUAAGUUAUAGGAAAUUGAAAUAGUUUUCUAUUUCCUCGCCAUGAGUUCUAAAAAACCGGACGAGGAAAAGCUUCCAGAUGGUUGGGUUUUAUGUACUUCCAAGUCAAAUCCAGGAAGGAAGUACUAUUUCAACAAAAAAACAGGAAGAUCCCUAUGGACCCAACCAAAGCCAACAGAUCAUAAAGAUAAAAAAGUGGGCAAAAGAGAACAUCAAAAAUUGGAAAGAAAUCGGUCAGACGAAGUUGCACGAAGAGGUAACAAAAGAAAAAGUGAUGGUAUUGGGGGUUCUUCAGCGAAUAAAAAGCAAAGACCAAAAGAAGAAGAACAAUCUGAUGGCAAAAAAUAUUAUUCUGUUCAAAAGAAAGAGACUGUUAGACAUGAAAAUGACCAAAGUUUACAUACUCCUAAGACUCCCUUAAAAUCAACACACAACCAACAUCAGCCCUCAACAUCAUACCAAAACAAAAAGAGUAAGAAAAACUUGGCUAAAAAUAUAGCAAGCACAAGACUUGAAAUUCUAAAUGCAAAGCUAAAUAAAGAAGUUCAGGAGGAAGAAAGUGGCCACUCUCUGAAAAGAAAAAGUUCAAAUGAUCCAUCAAAAGCCACAGACAAAAGCCCCAAUGAUAAAGCAAACCAAUCGCCAACCCAUGACAACAUACACUCUAUUCCUUCACCAUCCCAGUUUUUCACAGCAAAUAAAAUAAUAUCUUCAAUGAAAGCACAGUUACCUGAGAAGUUUUGUAAUAAUGAUAAACAAAAAGAUACAUUUGCUGAUAUUGAGAAAGGUAUUUGUAAUCAAACACCAGAAUAUCCAUUUUCUAAGCACCCGGCAACACCACCACAGUUUUCAGAAGCAAGCAAAUUAGUAUCUGCUAUCAAAUUAAAAUUAGGUUACAAAGUAAAUACUCCAAAAGAUUCAAACAGUCUUUCAAAGGAAAUAGAAACAAGUACAUUAUUAAAUAGCCGAGAGUUAGAAAGUUCAAAUUCUGAAGCAAUGGAAGUUGAGGAUUUUCGGGAGCCCAAAGAGACACAGAUAAAUCCACAGAGAGACAAAAAUAAUAAGGAUAUUGUACUUGUUGUUGACACAAAUAUAUUUAUACAUCAUUUGGAUAUAAUUAAAAAUGUACUAAAUUCACACUUGAGAGGUUACAGUGAACCACCGAAUCUAUUGGUUCCUUGGCGGGUGAUAAAUGAGUUAGAUCGCCUAAAAGAUAAUAAUAAUGGUAACAGUUCUUUGUCAAAACGAGCAAGAGCAGCCAUGGAUUAUUUGUAUAAGUCCCUGCCAGUUAAUACUAGGAUCAAAGGUCAAUCACUUAGAGAUGCGAAUUGCCACAUUUAUCCAUGUGAAACGCCCGAUGAUGAAAUAUUAAACUGUGCCUUACAACAAGUGGAACGUAAUAAGAAUGUGCUUCUUAUAUCAAAUGAUAAAAACCUCUGCAAUAAGGCGGAUAUAAAUGCAGUUGAAUAUAUAGGAAUUGAUUCGCUUAUGAAUAUGUUGGAGAACAAACCUCAGCCGGCUUCAGAUGAAUUGUAUGCGAGUUUUGUGCAUGCCAGUGAGAUUGUGUAUCCGUUACUGGCUAAUAUAUUAGAGAGUGAAAUGCGAGCGAAAUAUGACAAUCUGUGGCAGUGUGUGAUAGUGAAAACGCCUCCAUGGACCUUAGGCGAUGUGCUACAAUGCCUCCUCAAACAUUGGAUUGCUGUAUUUAACGAGGUCUUUCCGAGAAUCGAACCCCUCAUUACUGACUUGAAAAACACACUUUCGACUUUGCAAAACAAGAAUGCAAAAACAAUUACCCAAUCUGAAGUUUCAACGUUCAAAGAAUUGUGUCUAGAUGUCGCUAAGCGAUGUCAGAUAAUACCCGAAUACAUGGAAUUGGCUAAAAACUGCGUGGAGCAACUGUCGCGCGACUGUGCGAGCGAGACGGAAGAUAAUACGGACUCUCUUGUCGACACUUUCGAGUGUCUAUGGACUGUUUGCUCUAGUUAUUGUGCGAAGCUAGCGACGUCGGCCGACAUCGCUCACAGUUUAGAGGACAAAAUGCCGGCAAAUGAAUCUCUGCAAUCACUUAGCCUUAAGUGGAAUACAUUUUCAACAAAUAUUAACGCCAUUGCGAGAGAUAUACAACGUGUAUUAUCUGCUGAGGAAAGUAUUAAUAUGAAAGAAGACGCGUUAAGUGAACUGGAAAAAUCUUUGAGCGAAUCUUUAACUACACUGAGUUUAGACAAAACUAUAUCCAGGAAUCAACUAAGGAUAUUCUGCAAUAAAUACAGAAAUAUGCUUCAAGAGGCGUCAAGCAAAUUCUCGCAGUUAAGUGAGCUUCUUAUAGUUUGUAAGGAAAAAUUGUCGCAUUGAUUGUUUAGUACAGUCGUAGACACAAGUGGUUUUAUUAUUUUUAUUAUUAUUAAAAAUUUAGCCAGAAAUAUUUUGACCAGUAUUUAUAACGCCUAACAAGUUGUAAUAUCAUGUAAUAGAAUUUCAUACAUAUUGGUUAAUCUCUAUCCUUUCAAUUGUCACACGAAAUAUAUCAAAAUUAUUAGUUAUAGCAUAAAAAUAAGAAAUGUAUACUAAGGGUUAUAUUUUGUUAGUGUCACGGUGUCUGCUGUAUACGUAAUAAUAGAAUGACUUUUGCCUGCGACAUUACUCUAGUCUAGAAAUUGUACAGAGCGGUUUUUACGCUUUAUUUAUUUGAAGAUGAGAUUCCUUUCAAGUUGUUUGUAAUAUUAACGGGAAUUUUUAUGACAAAAUUUUGGUUAUUACUAAACCCCGUUAUCUACGGUAAGUUUGGGGGCAAAGUGAUGGUGCGAUUUUGAUAAUUAGAUUCGUUAGAAACUACGUUGAUUUACACACCUACUAAUAAUAUCAUAAGAUUUGAUUCAUACUGAACAGAGCUCUGCUAUAUUGAUUUUUUAAAUAAAUAAGAAAUGAAAGAUUUUAUAAUUAUUAUUUAUUUUUGUAUGUUUCAUAAAACACAUUACAUACAUUUUUGUCUCUUUUUGCUUUUGUCUUUAAUAGCAAGUAGCGGUCAGCAUUCUGCAUGUGGUAUGAUUUUUUGAGUUUAAGGUAUGUCAGUACGUACUUACGAAUACGUAAGAACACACUUCACUGAGUGGUUAUGAAAGGAAUUUCAUAAAUCUUCACAAGACUGAAUAUUUAUUUGUUCUGAUAUGGGAAUAGUAUUGUGUGUAUUUUCUCAUCCCAAAAACGAUAUGAAGUAGCCGUUAGUUAAAUAUGGGAAGCGAAACUUGAAAUUUUUUUUACUUAUUAUUUUUUCCUUGACAGUUGAUUAUCGUAGAGGUGAAAUUGUAACGACGAUAUUAUACUAGUUUGACUAGAGAUGCCACUAAUCAAAAUCGAACGAAACAUUGUCUAUGGUUAUACAAUGCAAAAUACUCCGUAUGUAUAAAAGAGGGUUUGCACUAUUAAUAAACAUUUAAUAAUAAAUAAAUAUUUGAAGCCUAUCCAAAAUUCUAAUUCAAUUAUGAUUCAUAUAAUUAUCGUCACAGAAGUAUAUUUUACAACGACUUUUGGAUUGCGUAAAAUUCUAUGCCGUAGAUUUAACAUAUCUUUUUGUGCAUUGUGAAAAACAUCUUAAUGCAAAUGAAUUAAGACGAAAUCAGUAAAUGCGGAUUGAUGAUAUGUCACAAUCCCAUGAGAUAAUGUGAAAUUGUACUUUUUGUUGACUCUACCGAAACAGUUUUGAGUUUUGACAAUAUAGCGUACAUAGACAUUUAACCUUUUACUCUGUUUUAACUACGUCACUGAUCUGUCCAUUUUUGCCACAGAGUAGACAACUUCACAGAAUGACAAUUGACUUUAGUCAAACUUCACAUCUGUCACUUUAGGGUCGUUAUUAGAGUUUACAUCGUAAUAUUAUUUAACGAAUUUAGUUUCUAAAUGUUAGCGAAUUAAUUUUGGCUUUGGAAUUAGAUAUUUCUUUGUUACCUAGUUUAUAUAAUAAUUCUAGGUGUCCAAAAUCUGUCGCUGCUGUGAAGUUACUUUACAUUAGUUCCAGCAGUCUUGUAAUGCAUGUAUAUUUUAGUAGAAUUAUAAUUUGAUUUCUGUAAAAUUCAAAUAUGUAUAUUGGACGCAGACCACAAUGUACAUGUAAAUCAAAUAAGAAUAGGAACGUCGAUCAACCUCUUUCUGUCAAAUGUCACUUGAAAGGUGUGGAUUUCAAAAAGUUUCGGUUUAUUUUAUGUGGAAUAAACGUAAUUAAAAAAAAGUAUGAAAGCCUAUCCUAUGACUUCACAAUAUGACUUAAAGUCGACUCUUGUAAUUUGAUUUUAGUAUAAUACAUGUAUAGUGAUGUCACAACAACAAAAGUAACGUCGUUUUGAAACUACCCUCUUUUUUAACAUUAUUAUGAAUAAUUAAGCUUUAAUUAAGUUUUAAAUAAGCAAGAGUGUUGUGUAUUGGUUUCGAGCAAAACAAUGAUGAACAUUGAAUCAAAGUGUAACUGUUUCAAUAGUAUAUAUUUAAUUGCUUCUACGCACUUAUAAACAAUUAUUGCUUUGCUCAAAACCCCCAACUCCGAGUUUACGUACGUCACGUUUCGAGAAAAAUCUAGACGUAUUGGAACCAGCUGUCUAUUCAUGUAUUUCCGAGCCAAUUCGACUCAGGUCCUUCCAGAAAAGAGCGUACCAAUUCUUAAAAGGACUGCAAGGCACUUGAGAGCUCUAUGGCCAUAUGACUGUCUAUGAGCGACGGUAUAUCUUAACAUCAGAUGAGCCUCCUCGCUUAGUAAAAAAAUAUUUUUAUGUUAAAUAAUGGGUAGCAAUGUUCAUGUUUGUUAUUUAUUAUGUAUUUAUAGGUUUCAGUUGAUGUGUUUUCUUGUUGUUACGAUAUAAGUUAACAUGCAUUCCACAGAUGAUAUGAACUUAGUUACCUAUGUAAAUCUAAUUAGGAAUUAUUUUCGAGUGUGUACGCAUCAGUAUUGCGUUCUCAACUAUAUAAGCAAAUAUUGAAGUUUGGGUUUAAAGCCAGCUUGACCUGGUACUCAAUUUAGAAUAAGUAAUUUUAGUAAAUAUUUACUAUUUUUUUUUAUUAACUUUCAAUACCUUCUUGAAGUUAUAAAGUAUUUCACUUAUAAAUUCAACGCUCUGUGAUCUUUUUGAACUAAUAAUUGUAAAUAUGUUUAUAAUAUAGAUGUAAGAUUGAUGGCAUUAAACGUAUGUGGCAUGAA